AUGUCUCACGAGAAGAGGUUGAUCAGAGACUUGAUAGGAAACUACAGCGCUAGAGGGAAAAUGGGUCGGCCAGUUCAGGAACAGAACGACACUAUUACAAUAUACUACGGUAUGUCGCUCAUACAGAUCCUCGAUUUGGACGAAAAGAACCAGAUUCUCAGCACAAACGUCUGGGCAACUUACAAUUGGAACGACAUGUAUUUGCAGUGGAACGAGUCUGACUAUGGCAAUAUUAGCACAGUCAGAGUGAACAGCGAGGAUAUAUGGAAACCAGACGUCAAAUUAUAUAACUACGCGGAUACACGACUGGAGGAAAAGAGGGAGGCUCUAUGUGUGUUGUCCAGCAAUGGUGAUGUUGUCUGGAUCCCACAAGCUGUUUUCAAAAGCUCCUGCUCUAUAGAUAUAAGACAUUUCCCUUUCGAUGUGCAAAGGUGCCACCUGAAAUUUGGUUCGUGGACAUACGAUGGGUCCAAAGUCGACCUACAGUUCCAUUACAAUACAACGACUGGCUUCGAACUGACCGACUACAUUCUGAGCAAUGAGUGGGACAUAGAAACCUCUACUGGGGAACGAAAUGUCAAAUAUUAUCCAUGUUGUCCAGAGCCUUAUGUUGAUCUGGUUUUCAGGCUAGUCAUCCGCAGAAAAGUGGCCUUCUACAACUACAUCCUGAUUUUACCUUGUGUUCUGUUGUCCAGUCUGACUUUGGUAUUGUUUUGGCUGCCGCCCGAGUCCCCGGCAAAGAUGCAACUAGGGAUGAAUAUCUUCGUGGCAUUCUUUGUGCUUUUGUUGCUUCUGGCGGAGUCAACACCACCCGCUGCGUCCAGCAUUCCUCUUAUAGGUAAAUGUUUCACAA